UUGGGGUUAUGAAAUGUAUCAUUAACAUGUUAGAAUAAUCCUACCAAGCUAAAUCUGCUCAAAACAAACAAAAAUAAAAACCAAACAAACAACAAGAAGCCACCAAAAGACAAAUCCAAAUUAUACCACAGCUGCAACAAUAAUGCAAAAUUACAGCAUCUGUAAUAGCUAGAACACUGAGAACCAACAGUGAAAUCAAGUACAGCACACCACGAAAUCCUGGCUGUUUAAAAAAAUGCCAGCAAUGUAAUAAAAAAAAAAAAAAAAGGGAAGCAGAACUGCACUUCCUUACAGAAUGUUCAAAAUUAAAUCAAAUAUGGGAGGAAGGCUUUAUAAAAUAAUCAGCACUCAGUAUUCAGAAUUGAACCACCUCACAAGUUAAGAGAAAUUACUUCAUCUGGUAGGAGUUACAGUAGGAGUGCAGUAUAAUGGCAGACAUCUAUCAAUCUACCUACCUACCUUUACAGCUCAGUACAGUAGCUUGCAUACCCUUUGGACAAAAUAAAGAAGACAUUUAUUUUAAGCAACACCACAUUAGUGGGUUAGGUUUAAAAGAUUUUUCUAUUAUUACUACUGUAAGCACCAAAAAUGGUCAAAUAUGUUAUGCUAAGAUACUAACAAUGAAAAAAAAAUGUGUGUGUAGUAAAUAUUCUCUAAUAACAUGCCCUCACUGUGCCUUUAUAACUCUAACAUAUUUCAGAGACAAUUUCAUAGCCCUGUUUCUUCCUCUUUUUUGGUCAUCAUUAUUAUGUAUACAGUUAGAUGAACUCGCGGUGCCAGCAUUAACAGACUCCAGGCGACAGAGGGCGCUCUACAUCUCUCACCGCGUACUACCAUACUAAACAGUAUGGCUAGAAAAGUACGUCCCCAACCAACCAGACAUAGCACACUAGUUUGACACGUGAUACUGUAGUGCGCUAGUAUGAGACGCGCUUUGAAGGACGCAGUCAAACAUGGCGGCCUCCUUGCUGAGCAGGAGGGGAGUUGCGCUUUUAGGCUUUUCUAGUUUAAAAUCUUUUCUCCCUGUUGUUUCUGGGAACAAUGUCGUACAGUUGAUAGCUGGUUAUAACCCGAAACAUCUCAGGCUGAAUUUAAAGGAGCCUUACAUUCCGGACAGGAACAGUGAGAAGACCCCGGUGUGGCAGAAGACUGAGAAAUAUGAGCGCAAGCUUUUUGCACGUUAUGGUUUUGCCUCCGGUGUGGAUCCGGUUAAACUGUGGCCCACUGCCUCCCAGCUCGAGGAACUGAUCCAGUUAGAGAAGCAGUGGCACCCACCGCUUGAAGAAAUGCUGAAAAACAUCGCGGCGAAGGAGAAGGAGAGAGCGGAUAAACGGCUGGCGAGGGAGAAGUUGAUUGCUGCAAACAUGGCUAAAAUGCCCAAGAUGAUAGCAGACUGGAGGAAGGAGAAGCAGGAAGCAAAGAGAAAGCUGAAGGAGGAAAAGGCCAAAAAGGAGCGGCUGUUGGCUGAGGCUCGGGAGCGUUUCGGCUAUGCGCUGGACCCGCGCAGUUCCAAGUUCCAGGAGAUGCUCGCAGAGAUUGAAAAGGAGGAGAAGAAGAAGAGGAAGCUCCUGAAACGUCGAAAGAGAGAAGAGGAACAGGGGCUGACUCCUUCUUCACCUGCUGCUGAAGCCUCAUAGAGACUCUGGCUGAGUGAAUACACAGACUGUUGUAUAUACUGAUGAUAUAGUAACAUGUUCGACCAUCGUUAUGCGUUUUGGAAAAAUCGUCAGGUUCACCCCCCCAUUAAAAUGUGAAGACUGAUUAUUAUUUGCAGUAAGUUGCAUUUACACUAUUUACAGUGUUGCUUUGAGAUUAUCCCACUGUAAUACAUUGAUGGAAUAAUCCAGAUUAAAUUGUGCCAUCUGAGUCUUUACAGCUGACCAAUUACAGCUCUGUUUUAAACUCGCACGCGGUGCCGGUGCACAGUGUAUGCCUGUCUUCUCUCUCACUUACUACUCAUUAAUACUUUCUCAUCCUCCUUUCUUUUGUCUCUCUCACAUUAUAAUGCUUUUCCUCUAAUGAUUUCUCUCAUUGUUUUUUUUCCCUUUCUUUCUUUCUCCCACUGUCCUUUUCUUUCUCUUUUUCCUUUUUUUUUAAUUGUUCCUCUUACUCACUUUCUCUCAGUGUCAACUUUCUAUCUUUUCUCAUUUCGUCCUUUCCUCAAUCCCUUUAUACAAGUCUUUUUCCUUGUCUUAAUUAUUCUUCUUUCUUUUAUCCCUCAAUCACUUUCAGCAGCUUUUGAUCACUGUGUAUUUUUACUUCAGAAAACACAAAUCAUAUUGAACCCAUGUUCAAGCCACAUUAUGUAUGAUUCAGCCAGUGUCCCAGUGACUGAAACUAGUGUAUUUACAUAAUGACUAAGUAAUUGCUGUAAACAUUUAAACAAACAGCUACAGUCCAUAAAAAACAAAAGGCAUAAAACUGCCUUCAGAUAUGAUUUACUGAGUACCCCAAAUUGCUAAGAUUUAUUUUUAAAUCAAUGCCAUAUUAAAGAAAAAACUAAUAAAUUUAUGAUAUGACAAAAAAUACACAAGUGUGAAGACUAACUUUGUUAGAGUAUUAUCACAUUCCAUAAUCAGAAUAUUGUGUACAUGGCAUAUGGCAGAUGGUGGUGCACAGUUUUAGACUGACAUACAACCAUUCCCACAGCCACAAAAACUACAAUGUCCCAAAAGUCUCCAAACAUAAGAUAAAUUAACAUUUUUAUACUUGUAUAGUUUUUUCAGAUAGGCUUUAAAAAUUCCUUUGAAAGAUGAAGAACGUAUUGAAAUUAUUCUCAUGGCUGGAGCAGGAAACUGUCACAAGGUUGUGAUGGACUUGACCAGGAAACAUGGCACACAUGAUACUGUUUUCCAAACUUAUUAACAAAUUCAAAAAGACUGGAAGUGUUGCAGACCAAAUGAGAAGUGGACGUCCACUGACAUCCACUGAUGAAGGCACACACAGACCCCCAUGUAUGGAGACUUCUGGGACACCAUGUAUUUUUAUCUCAUCAGUUAUGAAAAGUUUGUCAAGUUUUUCAUAUAUGUUAAUUGAAUGGAAGUCAAAAUGCGUCACUGACAAAGCAUUAUAGUGAUUAUAAUGCAUAAAACAGAGACCCAUACAAAUUAAGUGGUACAGAUUAAGCGUACAAAUUAAAUUAUCAGGUGUUCAUUGUUAGUAGGUGGCCAUUUUCAGUUCACACGUCAGUACUGAAAUGAACUGCAUAUGCAAAAAAGUGUGUGGACUGGGUAUUUAAAUAUGUCUAGGAUACAGAUAUUAACCAAAUGUAUAUUCAUUUUUGAUAACUGAUGAUAUAAAAAGCAAGUCUUGGACUUUAUAAUAUAUUUAUUUUGUGAAGCUUAUGCUGCUUUCAAAAAGUGGCUCCACAAAAUG